AUGUAUCAUGCAUGCUAUUGGCACCGCCCUUCCUCCCUCCCUCCAUCCCUCCCUCCCUCCCUCCCUCCCUCCCUCCCUCCCUCCCUCCCUCCCUCCCUCCCUCCCUCCCUCCCUCCCUCCCUCCCUCCCCCCAUCCCUCCCUCCCUACCUCCCUCCCUCCCUACCUCCCUCCCUACCUCCCUCCCUCCCUCCCUCCCUCCCUCCCUCCCUCCCUCCCUCCCUCCCUCCCUCCCUCCCUCCCUCCCUCCCUCCCUCCCUCCCUCCCUCCCUCCAUCCCUCCCUCCCUCCCUUCCUCCCUCCCUCCCUCCAUCCCUCCUUCCCUUGCUGACUCCCUCACAAUUCUUGCCCCAGGUGGUCAACGGCCCCUUUUCAGACCCCUCCUCCCUCAAUGCCUUAUCCAGCACACCUCCGGCCUCGUCCAUUGCACUCACACACCACGCCUGCCUAUCUAUCCCCAGACCCCCUCUGCCCUCGACGCCCUCCUCCAAGGCACGAUCUCUCUCCGAUCCCUCCUCACUCGACUCUCUUCUCCAAGGAACCUCUGGUCUCUUCCACCUGGCAGGAGUCGUCAUCCACUCACGCGCCGCCACAUCAGAACCAGCACCACCACCACAACCUCAACCACCCCUCACCCCCACGUCACCCCCUCAGCCGAACUCCACCGCACAGCACUCCUCCCUCGACCAAACCACCGUCAACGGCACGUUAACCGUGCUCGAAGCAGCUCUUAAAGCCGGGGUAAAGCGCAUAGUCUAUGCAUCCACGUCAGGGACUGUGGGUGCUUUUAAUGACCCCGGACAGGUGGCGAGUGACGAUUCGCCGUACGCGAGGGAGGUGGUGGGGGGGUGGCCGUAUUACCGGGCGAAGAUAGAGGCAGAGGAGAGGGCGAGGGGGUAUGCGGAGCAGCAUGGGUUGGAGCUGGUGUGCAUGCGACCGACUCUCAUUCUGGGACCAGGCGACUACCGCCUCAGCUCGUGCCGCACAGUGCUGGACAUCAUGGAGCGACGCAUCCCCUUUGUGCCACGUGGCGGCCUUUCAUUCGUCGACGUGCGGGACGUGGCCUCUGCGUUCAUCGCUGCCAUGCAAUCCACCCCUCCCAGCGCCACGUACCUUCUCGGAGCCGUCAACAUGACCUUAUCCGAUUACUUCCACCUCAUCGCACGCUGCGCUGAUGUGGCGCCGCCAUGGCUGUCUGUGCCGCCACGUGUCGCAUGGGUAUUGGCCGCCACUGCGUCGAAACUCCUGCCUCUGAUUGGCCGGAAGGACCCCUCGCUUGACCCUGUUGUCGUUGAAAUGGCACAGGUUUACUGGUACAUUGACUGGAGCAAAGCAGAGAAGGAGCUUGGGUUCACCCCUCGGCCGUACGAGACAACAGUGGCUGACACAGUGGCGUGGCUGAGAGAGCACAGGAAAGGAACAUACGACGCGGCCGCAGCAAUGGGUGCCCCAAUGAAGAGUCUACGCGUCGCUUUCGUCCUCGCCGCGCUAACCUUCGCAUGCCUGUCCUCCCUCCACGCGGCGGCAGCGUCGGCCCGUCCCGGUGCCCCCGAGAUCGACGCCAAUGCGGCUCUGCGGCCCCCCCGCAGACUGGCGGAGCGUUACGCCGCGGCGACUGCUGCAAAUUCGGUGAACCUGGACAAGGCGCGCGGCUUGGAGGAGGAGGAGGAGGAAUUUCCCUCCCACUUGGGGGGAGGGGCUGACUCGUCUGCAAAUUCGGUGAAACUGGACAAGGCGCGCGGCGGCGGGGAGGAGAAGGAGGAAGAGGGCUCCCACUGGUCGAUGGGGGCUACCACGAAUGACCGCGUGGGUAACCGCGCGGCUAGCCACGUGGCUGACCCCGUGGCUGAUUCAAAGUCAGGAGGAGGAUAUUUCACCGGCUGGUCGAAGGGACUCAGUAACAGCUUCACGAACGCAGGGAACUCGUUCACGAAUGGUGUCAAAAACAGUUACGAGACCGCCCGAAACAAGGCCAUCAGCGCCUCCAACAGCUUCACGGAGGGAGUCCAAAACAGCGCGGAGGCCGCCAGAGACGCGGCCGACUAUGUGGCAAACAACCCGGGUAAGACUCUGACGAAGAGCGCGUCGGACUUGACGCGCAGCGCGGGGAGGAUCGCGCACAAAGCGGUGAUUAAGCAUGGGCAUGAAGUGAUAGCGAAUACGGCUGCGGGGCUCGUCGUUGGCGGAGUAGCGGGGGGACUGAUGGCGGGAGCCGGAACGAUUGCGCGCCACGCACACGCCGCGACGAUGGAGGAGAUUGGGAGCUUUGGCGCGGGGGCCGCGGGAGUAGCGCACCUGCCAGUGUUGGGGCAGCCACAGCCGUAA